UAUAAAUUGUUUACUUUAUACGUUAAUGAUAACAUGUAAAGCAAGGAUCUUUGAAAUCACAUGGAGUUCGACAAUCAUUGGAAAGAAUAUAAAGUGUCGUCAUCGAACCAGAGAGAGAGCAUGUCACGGCGGGACUUCUGCUGGGCUCAAAUUGUUGGUGUACUUUUGGUGUCCAUCGGCUUUACAGCGGGAAUCCUUGUAGGAAUUUAUGUAUACCAUGGUGGACCAGAUGCAGAAGUUAAUUGCAAGAAUAUUCCCGACACCUCAUAUCAAAGCGGAAGUAAGACAGAACAGACGACAACUGCCGCCAAAACAACUACCCACCAGUCGACUGGAAGAGGAAAGACGACAGCCGAUCACAUGUCUUCAUCGUCAUCAACAUCCGCAGAUAGUUGUCAAACUUGUAAAAAGGGUGCAGCAAGGCGACCAUGGGAUGGCAAAGAUCCAGAGAUAUUCGCACCACUCACAGCAGACGAGAUGGAAAAGGUCAAUGAGUUCAUGAUCACAAAUAAUUAUGCAGACGAUGUAACUACCAUGUCAAAAGUUUCACUAAAGAUAAAUUUCCUCACGUUCAUGUACUUGUUUCUACCAAACAAAAACGCUGUUCUAGAUUACAAGGCUGGAAAAGGUCCAUAUCCCGGGAGGUAUGCUCGUGUUCAUGUUGCACGGGGUGCUCGUGCUGUUCCAGAUUAUAUGGAAUAUAAGGUCGGACCUCUCGGAGCUGCUAUAAUGACAGUCGAACAACUUUACAAUGAUGGAGAGCUUGUAUUUAAUAGUCGUCCAUACGAUGAUAUAGAAAAUGGCCUUUAUAUUGAGUUGUUAAACAAAGAAAUCAAAAUACUCGAACCACUUACUAAAGAAAGUUUUGACGGCGCAUAUUAUCCACGGGAGAACAAUGAUUUACAAUUUUGGGUUUGGAAUGGACCACCCGGAGCGUUAGCUGAUGAACGAGAGACUAGAGUCAUUGCGUUGUUGAAUCCGUUAGCUCCAAACGGUAUGGAUUACCUUGAACUUGACUUCCUACCCCUAUCGGCUACCAUACACUGUCCAGGAACGGACUUUGAUCAAUGGUAUAUCUAUGACUUCUACUACUUAAAUCAAGGACCUUUUCCUAACGCCACAUCUUUGCUCACUGCUUACCAAAACGGUUCCUUACGUAAGUUUAAAUUACCUGAUGGGUACCGUAAAACUGUCCUUGAUCGUCAUCUUCCAGAUCGGGAUACGGACCAACCAUUCAGGCGUAAUUCUUUCUUAUCUGCGCCAAGAACAUAUGAACCCGAUGGACCAAGAUACAGCAUUCGAGGAUAUAAUGUUGAUUGGAUGGACUGGAAUUUUGAUGUCACUGCUGGCCAGCUUCGUGGUCCUGGACUCUUUGAAGUAUCAUUUAAAGGCAAUAAGAUAGCUUAUGAGAUUUCUUUAAAUGAAAUUGCACUUAUAUAUGGAAGUGGGUCAUCUGGGCAAACAAAUGUUAUUUAUUCUGACUCUUCAUACGCUAUUGGGAAUUACAAUGGAGUUGUUAAGUCUGUUGACUGUCCUGAGCAUUCGACAAUUCUAGAAACAGUUUUUUGGCAACAAUCAAGUGCUUCGCCUUCUUCAUCGAAAUCUAUUUGCAUUUUUGAAGCAGACGGACAAAGCGCUCUUUGGCGACAUAAGGCUUAUGAGUUUCAAGGCGGACUCAGAAAUAAUUACCUUGUCGUCCGUAUAUCUUCCACUGUUGUAAACUAUGACUAUAUUAUAGAGUGGCACUUUUACCUUGACGGGAAGAUAUUUACAAUCAUUACUGCAAGCGGACUACUUCAGGCAACAUUCUGGGAUCAUGAAAAUCCUUUUAUGGGAUCCGAGAAAGGAAGAGAUGCGUUCGGAUUCAGAGUAGGUGACAAUGCCCAUGGACAAAUACAUGAUCACAUGUUUGGUUUUAAAGUUGAUCUUGAUAUUUUAGGAACAGAUAAUUCAAUGGAAGUUAUACAUUGGAAAAAUUCUGAUGCUCUUUCCGCUUUACGCAGCCAAGUCCCAAGUGUGUCAGAAGUUCCACCAUAUUUUCUUACUAACUGGACCAGAUAUAUAGAGUAUGAAAUCGUUGAAAAGGAAACUGGAAAGCGAAUAAAUAUGGAUGAACCGAAGUAUUGGGUAAUUGUCAAUGAAAACGAGAGAAAUAAAUGGGGGAAUAUGAGGGGAUAUGAGAUAAAACCCAUUUCUUCUGCUGCACAGACGCUUUCAGAAAAUCAUCCUGCAAUGUCUGCUUUGUCUUUUACAAAAUACCACUGUGCCAUCACAAAAAGAAAGGAGAACGAACAGUACCUGGAUUCGUCAAGUGACACACAAAGACUUGACAAACCUUUAGAAGACUUAGAGAAAAUGCUAGAUGGCGAGUCUGUUAGAAAUACAGAUGUUGUUAAUUGGGUAUCUGUUGGAUUUUUACACGUACCUACCUCCGAAGAUUUACCGAUGACCAACGCUGUUCAGGCUGCAUUUGUUCUUAAACCUUUCAAUUUCUUUGAUAAAACUCCAGUUUAUGAUCUGCAGGGAUAUUUUGAUACAAAAACACUCAAUAAAACCGAAAGACCACCUCAACAUACUCCAUGUCUCGAGCCAAACUACUAAAUCUUUUUGUUUUCUUUUUUUGUGCAUCCAAAUAAUUUGUUUUCUGUCCGUUUUUAAUUGUGUUAUUAUAGUGUAUAUUGAGUUAGUGUGUAUAUAUCAUUUACGUGUAUAAUGCGUUUAUCAAAUAAUUCAACCCUAUGGCAUUAUAUGCAAACAAAACCAUUCAAUGUCGGACAAAGUUUUGUAAAAAAACUUAUUAUUCAAAUAUCUUUAUUUCCGCGUGUAACAAUUAAGAUACUCAUUAUGACGAAGCUGCUUUAAACGAUAUAACUAAAGCUAGUUGAGUGAACUUUUACAUGUAUGGCAAUUGGAAGAAUAGCAACCAGUUGAAAUCUAUUUAAAAUCAACGGACAAUUUUGCAUUUAAAAAUGUUAAACAACAGUUUAAAUUUCUGAUUAUUAUCUGCACCAGUAAUAUACAUGUAUAGUAAUAUAACAUUAAUAAUAUACUUUUUUAUAUUGUUUUACUCUUUUAAAGUGAUAAUACUGGUCAAACACUUCGCAAAAAUACAAAAGCGUUUAUAAUAU